UCCCCAUUAUACAAUUCAUAUUUUGGACAUUGAGGCUUGCGUUGAGAGAUACCCAUUUGAUAGAGAAUUGAAGAGGCAAUCUUCUUUUCCAUCUCUCUUUUGUAUAGCCUUUUAUGACCAAUCUCUGGAAAGUUUACUUUGACAUACUUUCUUCCCUUUCAAAUUUACAAACAAUCUCGUUAACAGUUUAACAUCACGGACUGGAUAUUCAAUCUUACCAUGUUGGUUCAAAAUUUAGUGAAGCUUUUGCUUCCUCUCGCUGUCCUAACAGGUCAAGUUCUUGCCGUCGAUCCAACUCCAGCUGAUAAGGCAAAAUGGGAUGCCGUAUGCAAGCAAAAGGCUGGAUCUCAGUUUUCCAUGCAAUUCGACGCAGCUGGCAAACCGACUGGACAAUGUGUUGCUCCUCCAGUUACAAACUGUUACUGGGGUCCAUAUACCGAUCCGAAAACAAACAAGCCUGGAUGCUGCGGUAAAGACAAGGGAACUUUCAGUGUUGAUCCUGUGGUUAAGACUGAAGGAGCAUGUUGCGUUGCUCCAAGUGUCUUUUCUUUCGAUGCCACACUGAAGAAAGGCGAUUGUUGCGCUCCGGAUAAAUUCUAUCAUGCCGAUCCAAAGACUUUGACUGGAAGCUGCUGUGCCAAUGACGACGAUGUGUUUACUUGUGAUUGUUCUUGCAAGCCAAACCCAACACCUUCCUGCCCCAAGGGUGACGGAAAAGAAUUCACAGCUGGAGGCAAGAAAUACAAGCUCUAUUGUAAAUUGACACCCGCAGCUUCAUUGGGCGAUUGCAUGACUCGCUGUUCUGGAAUCAGUAACUGCGUCCGUGCAAUUUGGAACCAAGCUACCGGAAUCUGCUACCUACGAACUCACGGCAACAACGCUGUACCCGUGACGGUCGAUCCCUAUGAUAGUGCUCAUCUUAUCGAUGAGCCUGUUUGUCCCUGCCCAUGCCCAAGUGCAACUCCAUGUCCAUCAUGUCCAACACCAGCCCCCUUCCCAGAUAAAUGCCCGGCUGCUGAAGGUAAGACUACUACGGUGGGUGGAGUUGAGUACAAGGUUUAUUGUACGUUGGGACAUACAGCUGCAAAUCCAAACUUGGGAGUUUCGAGCGCAAAGGAUUUCAAGGAGUGUAUGGAGCAGUGCUCUGCCAAAGCCACACCUUUCUGUCAAGGCGUCAACUUCUAUGACGAUGGUAAUCCCACUGACAACUGUGUUUGGGCCUCUAUACAUCAGAGUCCCCCAACAGGAGCAGCGCCUGCCGGAGGUGACUUCUUAUGCGCUGUCCCUGUUACAAAGAGGACUUAAUAAAAGCUAUUAUCUUGGCUCAUAGAAGAUCUUCGGGAAGUGGGGAUGGCUAGGGGUUGAUAGGAACAAUUGGUGUCGUAUUCUUGGAGACGAGAGAUUAGUAUUACCUCAGGCUAGAAUUUAAUGACAACUGCUUUGAAGUUGAUACA